CGACUCGCUCAGUGCUACGCAAACCGUGCUAACGUGUGGAUUACUUACGAAGUGAUAAUCAAAACUAAUAUAGAAAACAGAAAGACUAAACAUGUCGAACAGCAUAAAUAUCUUUGGCCUCUGCCUGGUGUCAGCUCUGAUGCUGCAAUUUGCUUGUGCGGAUAUCGAGACAAACGAAGUGAAUGACAAUAGUACGCCCGAGUAUAUGAUUCAGGGCGUGCGUGUUUAUCCCAAUGAUCGCCACUGUGCUUUGGUUGGAGGUCUCUGUGUGCACACCAGCGAUUGCAAUCUGCCCACCACCAACAAGGGUCUCUGCCCCAGCAGCGCUCACCUGGGCGUUGAAUGUUGCUAUGAGCUUAUUUAAAUUCCUGCCCAAAAACGAUUUCCUAAUAAUUAUUGAGCUUGAUUGGUAUUACUUUAUGUACUCAUCUAUUGUUUUUUUCGUUUGUCUUUCCUUCAACAACAAAAUACUAACAAUCGACGCCUAUCUGUCUGCUACCUCCUCUCUCAACUGUCUCUCACCUGUAAUUGUCUCUGUUAUACAUUGUGUGUGCCCCGCCCCGUUCCAUGUUCCCCUACCGUUGCAGUGCCGGUGAGGCCAGCGCCCUGUGAGCAACACUUGGGCGCCUGCAUGAAGUCCUGCAAUCCUUCAAUCCAAAGACCCGCAACC